UCCACUGACUUCUCCACCACAUGUCCCCGCAGCUUUCACCGGAUUCAAUUACAUAAUUACCCUCAGAUCGCCUCAAAAGUCGCGUCUGACUUGACAGCUGAUCACGGAUCUCACUGCUGCCCUCCACCUGUAAAACCUCCUCGUUGAGUACCUCCCCUCCCUCACAUACAUUCUUGCCAUGCAGGAGGUGUAACCCUCCUUUCUCUUCUUCCUUGUGUGCCGCCGGAGAAAACCCAAAACAGAAAAAAAAACCCAAACCCCAAGAACUCGCAACAAGUCAAGAUGUCUGACCCUGACCCUUCUUCGCCGACUGACCCCCCGCUGCCACUCGCGUCCCCACGCACCCCGCUGCAGCUCUCCUUCCCCUUCCUGAGGGAGGGCAGCCGGGUUUGGGAGAGGGAGAGGAAACCACCUCAACCUGGAGAGCUGCCCAGCCCACUGCCCACCAAACGCACCCGCACAUACUCAGCGACAGUGCGAGCCAAAUCAGGUCCCGUAUUUAAAGGUGUGUGUAAGAACUUCUCCAGGUCUCAGGGUCAUGGAUUCAUACGCCCUACUCAUGGAGGAGAGGACAUCUUCGUCCACAUCUCUGACAUUGAGGGAGAGUACGUGCCUAUGGAAGGAGAUGAGGUCACGUACAAGGUGUGCCCCAUCCCUCCCAAGAACCAGAAGAUCCAGGCGGUCGAUGUGGUGAUCACCCACCUGAAUCCGGGCACCAAGCAUGAGACCUGGUCAGUAACGCAGUUGGAGCCUUCAGAGAGGCGUCAUCAGCUCUCCUAUGCAUCUUUGAUUUCUCGCCACAAGUGUGACUUACAGUAACAUCAGUAACACACUGCAUCUGUUUGGUUUCUUUACUGUGAGAGGAACAAGUUUGAUUGUGUUCAUGAGCAUUUUUUAAUUUUGUCAAAUCACUGUGACAUUGUCUUUUGUCAUUAAGAUAAAGUUUGAAUAAAACUUACUACUGU